AUGGCGUCCUUCCUUGAGUCCUCUCUCCGCAUUCCUUCACAAGCAUCUCGAGGUUGGAGAACCGCGAGGUACUUUACUCGCGACCAACGGAAGCAAAACCUCCUCUUCGCCCGCUCGUUCUCGUCGACCCUGCGCCGCCAUGAAAUCAACAAGGUCGUCCCCUCGGCCGCUGAAGCCAUCAAGGACAUGAAGUCCAACUCUACCCUCCUAUGUGGUGGCUUUGGUCUCUGCGGUGUGCCAGACACGCUGAUCAACGAGGUCGCGAAAACACCAUCCAUUACCGGCCUUACCGCGGUCUCCAACAAUGCCGGUAUUCCAGGGGCUGGUCUCGGCCAGCUCUUGGAGACCAAGCAAGUUAGGAAAAUGAUUGCCAGCUAUGUUGGCGAGAACAAAGUGCUUGAACAGAUGUACUUGACGGGAGAGAUGGAGCUGGAACUGACACCCCAGGGUACUCUGGCUGAACGUUGUGCGGCUGGAGGCAAAGGAAUUCCGGCAUUCUAUACACCAGCUGCGUUUGGUACGGUCGUGCAGACGGGGGAGAUCCCUCUGCGACACAACAAGGACGGCAGUAUUGCACAGUUCGGAAAACCCAGAGACGUCAAGGUGUUCAAUGGCAAGUCCUAUGUCAUGGAGGAAGCGAUUGCAGGUGACUACGCAUUUGUGAAAGCAUACAAGGCUGACAAGCUCGGGAACUGCCAAUUCCGUCUCGCCGCAAACAACUUCAAUGGUGCCAUGGGCCGGAAUGCCAAGGUCACCAUUGUGGAAGCUGAGCAUAUCGUCGAGGUUGGCGAGAUUGAUCCGGUUUCGGUGCACUUGCCGGGCAUAUAUGUGAGCAAAGUCGUCCAAGCGACGGCCGAGAAAAAGAUUGAGAAAUACGUCAACCGCAAAGAAGAGGGCGCCGAUGUCAAAGACAGCCUUGGAAAAGGCGAUGCCGCAUCGAAGCGCGAGCGGAUUGUGCGUCGCGCCGCCAAGGAGUUCCAGAACGGCAUGUACGCCAACUUGGGGAUUGGUAUGCCUAUGCUGGCCCCGUCCUUUGUGGAUUCUUCAGUUGAAGUUCAGCUACAAUCGGAGAACGGCAUCCUCGGCCUGGGCCCGUACCCACUAAAGGGCGAGGAGGACCCCGAUCUUAUCAACGCUGGCAAGGAAACCGUCACUUUGCUCCCAGGCGCGUCGUGCUUUGGCUCAGAGGAGUCAUUCGGCAUGAUCCGCUCUGGACGCAUCAACAUGUCUAUGCUGGGUGCCAUGCAGGUUUCGGCCAAGGGUGAUCUGGCCAACUGGAUGUUGCCCGGCAAGGUCAAGGGCUUUGGCGGAGCAAUGGAUUUGGUGAGCAAUCCAGAGAAGACGAGAGUGGUGGCGUUGAUGGAGCACACGGACAAGAAGGGGAAUCCCAAGAUUCUGAAACAGUGCGAGUUCCCUCUUACUGGAAGAGCGUGUGUCUCGAGAAUUAUUACGGAAUUGUGCGUCUUCGAUGUGGACUUUACCCACGGCCUGACGCUUAUUGAACUCGCGGACGGAGUUACCGUUGAGGAGAUCAAGGCCAAGACCGAGGCGCCUUUCAAGGUUGCGGACGACAUCAAACCUAUGCUAUAA